CUCCUCUCCGCCCUGGCAACCGCUUCUGCCGCCGGCGCCGCUGCUGCUGCUGCUACUGCUACCGCCGUGGGUCUGAAGAGGAUGUUUCUGUCAUGUGGCCGGAUCAGGCGAGCACACACCAGCGUGCACCCGCAACAGCGCUGCCAAGGGCUUUCUGAGGGCUGCGCGGCGCCUUACCGAGGAUCAUUACCUGGAUCGCUGUCGUCCGUCGCGCCCCAAACCCUUCCAGGCGCCCCUCUCCGCUCCGCAGGUCCCCCUGACCCAGGAGGCUCGCAGCCUGCCUGCAGAGGAUCAACAGAGCGAUCGAGCCCGGAGCCGGACUGUCCGGGUCAGGACCCGGACCACUGGAGGACCCCGCCGUCCCGCUCCCCGACCCCUCGGUGCCCCCCGACCGGCGAGCCCUCGGAGGAGGGGAUGUGGUGAUCGCCGUUGGGCGUGGGCGGGGCCGAAGCGUGUGUUGCAACAUGAUAGGCUUGAACUUGGGCCUGCAAGAGGUGCUGCAGAAGUUUGAACAGGACAUCCAGGCUGAGAUCGAUGCCCACAACGACAUCUACCGCAGCGUGGAGGGGAACAAGUCCAAGAUGGUCAAGGCCCUGGGCAGCUCGGAGGAGGCGGUGUUCCUCCAGCACCGCCUGGACGACAUGAACCACCGCUGGAGCGACCUCAAGACCAAGUCGGCCAACAUCCGGGCCCACCUGGAGGCCAGUGCCGAGCGGUGGUCCCGCCUGCUGGGCCUGCUGGAGGAGCUGUGGCGCUGGAUCUGUGCCAAGGACGAGGACCUGGCCAAGCAGAUGCCCAUCGGGGGGGACGUGCCCACCCUGCUGCAGCAGCAGAACCACUGCACGGCGCUGCUGUCCGAGCUGAAGGAGCGAGAGCACCUGGUGAUCACCACCCUGGACCAGGCGCGCUCGUUCCUGGCCGACCAGCCCAUCGAGGGGCCCGCCGAGCCCCGCAGGAACCUGCAGCCCAAGACAGACCUCACCCCCGAGGAGAAGGCCCGCGGCGUGGCCCGGGCCAUCCGCAAGCAGACGGGCGAGGUGCGGGAGCGCUGGGAGCGGCUGACGGGCCACGUGGGCGGCUGGCAGAGCCAGGUGGAGCGUGCCCUGGAGCGGCUGCAGGAGCUGCAGAGCUCCAUGGACCAGCUGGACCUGCGGCUGACCCGCGCCGAGGAGGCCAAGGAGGGCUGGCAGCCUGUGGGGGACCUGCUCAUCGACUCCCUGCAGGACCACAUCGAGAGGACCACCGCCUUCCAGGAGGAGGUGGCCCCUUUGAGGCAGGACGUGCACGUGGUCAACGAGCUGUCAGCUGACCUCACCCCGCUGGACGUGCAGCUGUCCUCCACCGCCUCCCGCCAGCUCGACCAGCUCAACAUGCGCUGGAAGCUCCUACAGGUGGCAGUGGAGGAGAGACUGAAGCUCCUUCAGGAAGCGCAUCGAGAUUUCGGACCCUCCUCCCAACACUUCCUGUCCACAUCGGUAGAGCUGCCCUGGCAACGAGCAGUGUCUCAAAACAAGGUCCCCUAUUACAUCAACCAUCAGACACAGACCACCUGCUGGGACCACCCGAAGAUGACAGAACUGUACCAUUCACUAGCUGACCUGAACAACGUGAGGUUCUCUGCUUACCGGACGGCCAUGAAGAUCCGUAGGCUCCAGAAGGCCCUGUGCUUGGACCUGCUGGAGCUGGGCGUGGCCCAGAGCACCUUCGAGCAGCACAAGCUGACCAAGAACAGCCAGCAGCUCGCGGUGCCUGACGUCAUCAACUGCCUGACGUCGGUGUACCACGGCCUGGAGCAGCAGCACAAAGACCUGGUCAACGUGCCGCUCUGCGUCGACAUGUGCCUCAACUGGCUGCUCAACGUCUACGACACCGGUCGCAGUGGGAAGAUCCGCGUCCUCUCGAUGAAGAUCGGGCUGCUCUCCCUCUCCAAGGGCCACCUGGAGGAGAAGUACAAGUACCUGUUCAACCAGGUGUCGUCGGCGGGGGACACGUGCGACCAGAGGCAGCUGGGCCUCCUGCUGCACGACGCCAUCCAGGUCCCGCGGCAGCUGGGCGAGGUGGCGGCCUUCGGGGGCUCCAACAUCGAGCCCAGCGUCCGCAGCUGCUUCCAGCACGUGGGUAACAAGGUGGAGCUGGAGCCCAGGCAGUUUGUGGACUGGAUGCGCAUGGAGCCGCAGUCCAUGGUGUGGCUGCCCGUGCUGCACCGCGUGGCCGCCGCCGAGACGGCCAAGCACCAGGCCAAGUGCAACAUCUGCAAGGAGUGUCCCAUCGUGGGCUUCAGGUAUCGCAGUCUGAAACACUUCAACUAUGACGUGUGUCAGAGCUGCUUCUUCUCCGGGCGAACCGCCAAGGGCCACAAGCUCAACUACCCAAUGGUGGAGUACUGCACGCCGACCACGUCGGGAGAGGACAUGCGUGACUUCACCAAGGUGCUGAAGAACAAGUUCCGCUCCAAGAAGUACUUUGCCAAGCACCCGCGGCUGGGCUACCUCCCUGUGCAGACAGUGCUGGAGGGAGACAACAUGGAGACUCCUGUCACCCUCAUCAGCAUGUGUCCGGAGCAGUACGAGCUGUCCCAGUCACCGCAGCUCUCUCAUGACGACACCCAUUCCAGGAUAGAGCAGUAUGCCAGCAGAUUGGCCCAGAUGGAGCGCUCCAACGGCUCUUUGCCAACUGACAGCAGCUCAGCGACAGGAAGCAUGGAUGACGAGCACGCCCUGAUCCUGCAGUACUGCCAGACCCUGGGCGGGGAGGGGGGCUCCCCCAGCAGCCAGCCCCAGAGCCCCGCCCAGAUCCUGCAGGCGGUGGAGCGGGAGGAGCGGGGGGAGCUGGGGCGCGUCAUCGCCAGGCUGGAGGAGGACCAGAGGACCCUGCAGAGGGAGUACGAGCAGCUGAAGGAGCAGCACGGCGGGCAGCGGGGCCCGGCCCCCGGGGGCCACUGGGACCCCGACAGCCCCCCCGCCCCGGGCCCCCCCGGGGAGGCGGACCUGCUGGCGGAGGCCAAGCUGCUCCGUCAGCACAAGGGCCGGCUGGAGGCCCGCAUGCACAUCCUGGAGGAGCACAACAAACAGCUGGAGUCCCAGCUGCACCGCCUGAGACAGCUGCUGCACCACCCGCCCGAGGGAGACUCGAGGGUGAAUGGGGUCUCUUCUCCCAGUGUACAGGACCGAGGACAACUUAAUGAAAACUCAGAAGAGCUUCUAGACCCCCAGGACAGCAGCUCUGACCUUGCGGAAGUGAUGGAGCAGAUAAACAACAGCUUCCCUGCAUGCAGUCCCUCAAGCCUCUCCUCCAGACCACAGGUGAUGUGAGGGCAGCCACCUAGAGGGGAGAGUAUGUGCGUGCGUGCGUGCGCGCGCGCGCAUGUGUGUAGUGUUUGUGUGUGUUGGCGAAAGGCGAUUGAAGUGUGACUUUGGAAAAAGGCCGUAACUCUCCCGAACACGCCGGCCUCCUCUCCAUCUCCGCGCCUCGGCUCCGUACUGAAGGAGUAGGUGGAGCUUCAGGCCCCGCCCCCACAAGCCCCGAGAACCAAUACCAAGUUAGAGAUUCUGCACCCAGAAACCCAAAGACACACAGGACCAGAGAACUGCUAUCCCCUAUGUUGUUGUGUACUAUGCAAUACUUGUACAUUUGAUAAAACUGUGGAGUGAACCUUAAGUUGGCCUAACAUUUCUAUGGGAUUUGUACGCAUAUUCCGAUGAUAUCCUAGGUUUGGGGUUUGUAUAGAAAAAUAUGUUUAUUUCUUUUUCUUGUUUUCACUGGGAAUCAAAUUGUUACAUUGUCCAUCUUUUUAAUUCUGUGUGUUUGGCCUCCCCCCCUUCCGCCCCGCUUACCCAUUACUGUCACACUGUUGAGGUUCAUGUUCCAAGUUUGGGAGUACAAUUCUUUAUGACGAGUGAGACCAACCCUUCAUUACAAUCAUGUAUUUACCCUGUGUGAAGCUCCGCAAACUGUUUUCUCUAUUUUAUUUUUCUAUGACUUGGGUAUCGAUGGCUGAUCGUGGCGCAUGUUGAUGUCAGAGUUCCCCUUUAAUUCCUCGGUGUGACCGUUGCUAUCGCCAUAGCGACCGCGAUUUUGUUGAACUCGCACCCCUCCUGUGCCUAUACAGUUGUCAUUCCAAGUGUGGAAGACUUAGAUGCUGACAUUAAAGUGGGAAUGUGUACAAAGUGAAGAGGUUUUAUGGAAGAAUAUAGAUUUAAUUUGAACGUUAAAUGUUGAAAAAGGGUUUUCAACCGGCCCCUAACUCACCAUGUAGAGCAGUUUUAUAUGAAAAUAAAAUUACAUAAAGUCUAUGUUUGAAAAAUCAGAACGAAAGCCAUGAUUGCCUUGCUACCUCAGAAUCACUGACACAGUUUUGUCUGCGUGGUCCGUGACAUAGUUUUCUUUGACCAACCAGCGCUAGACGCAGAACACCCCCCUCGCAUUAGCAUUCCAAGCUCGUGCUUACUGUAUCGAUGUACCCUGCAACAACAACAACAUCGUUCGUUAUUACUGUAUCGCCACAAUGGUUCGGUGGCCUGCUGAAGCUAACAACCCUUCAUCCCGCGUGAGGAGUGACACAUUUUUGGCGUUUUUAAUUCCACUGGCAAAUUAAGCACUGUAUUCCUCACAUUGUUGUGUCGUUGUGUUGUGCUACAUGCUAUCCUGUAAAAAAAAAAGAAAA